AACGUCCAUUGCAAUUCGUUCACAUUCCGCCUAGUCUGGUGCGGUGACGUGGUGCUUUCUACAUGUUGAAAAUGUUGCGGUACACUAUUUGUCUGGUGUUGGUGCUCAGUCCAGUGUUAACCCGGCACGUGCCCCGCUUCGCCGAGCUCGACUCCGAGGAGCAGCAACUUUACCGCGCCGCCUACGACACGCCCUCUUACGACCACGACGAGUACCAGGAGGAAGACCUGGAGCUAGGCAAGCUGGACCUGCUCAAGGACGGCCUCUGGGCCAUCAAGGCCAAGAUUAGAGAACUCAAGGCCUUCGACAAAGCCCUGGCGGCGAACGUGCUCACCACCAAGCUGAAGCUGAAAGAGCUUUUGGAGUUCCAUUUGAAGAAGAAGCCGAUAGAACUGGUGGUGGAGAAGAAGAAGCCGAGCUAUCAAAGCUAUCCUCAGGCCCCUGCCUACCCCCCGCAGCCCCAGUACGAGCCGCAGUACGCGGCGCCCGCGCCCGCCUACCCCCACGACCCUUACUACGGAAACUAACUCCAUAGAAGCCGAGCCUGCAUUCGAUUAGCCUCCUGUAUUGGUCUCCGGGUGAGCGUACGUAUGAGACUGGAGACCAAAUCCGGAAUAUAGGUGGUGCAAAGCGCUGGCGGGGCGUCACCUAAGGAAGGCGUCAUUUUAGACCAGAGGGCCUAAUACACCGCCAAGAUCGAAAAGUAGAAAAACGUUAUCUUCGUCUCUGUCGCUCAAACAUGAAAGAGCGAUAGGAAGACAGAUAACGAUUUUCGAUUUUUCGAUGUUGACGUUAGGCUCUGAUAUACUGAUUUUGAUCGAAUAAUGU